AUUGCAGCCAAGUGGUAAAACCAAUUGACGAAAUGAAAGACGCCGAAAGCACUGACAACAUCAAAGAAGAAGAAUGCUGCAGUAAACCGUCAGGUCAAGACAACAAAGUGAAGAAACAUAAUCCGAACAGGACGAAACAGGAAAACAAAUUGAAAAACACCUUCGGCUGGACCCGGAUAGACGUCAUCACCAUGCUGAUCUGUUGCGUCUUUUUGGGCUCGUUUUCCUUCUCAAUUUACGUGGAGGCCUUUCAAACUCUGGCGCACAUCGAUCACCAGGACGAGAUGCAUCACCCUUUGUUUGUUUUAUGUAUAGGUGCUGCAGGUCUUAUCCUUAACGGAAUUUGCUACCUUCUUAUCGGAGGAUACACUUUCCAUCAAGGCAGUUUUCUGUACGUCACCGAAAGUGGAGACGUCGUUUUAAAUAAAGUCGUUGUCAACGAUUCGGUGCGUAAAGGUGCAAGAAGAUUGUCCAGAACGAGACACAUAUUCUCAUCGCCUCCGAAAAAGAGACAAGGUUUAUGGGAGGCUACCAGAGAUGUUAUCGGGUGUGCAGUAGUGAUGACAUGCUCAGUUAUUAUACUCUUCAUUGAUCCUUACGUGGCAAAAUUCGUGGAUCCCAUUCUAUCCGUAGUCUCAGCUACCUGCAUCAUGAUUUUAAGCUACCCUUAUAUUAAAGAAAGUUGUUUAAUUCUGCUCCAAACGAUGCCAGAUACAAUUGAUAUCGAAACAAUGAAAAAAGAGUUGACAAAUCAUUUUCCUGAUAUAAUCAACGUACAUGAUUUUCAUAUUUGGCAACUCACAGCCUCUAAGAUCAUCUCGACAAUUCAUAUUAUAUUCGAAGAUCCUAAGGUUUAUAGAAAUAUAAUGGAGGAAAUUAAAGAAUUCUUUGCCGAAAAUGGAGUAACCCAAGUGACUAUACAACCAGAGUUCUUUCGACAAAGUGCUAGUUUGGAAAAACUAAACACCAAACUUCCUCCUGUUUGCUUGGUCGCGUGUCAAGGAGAAACGUGCAAAUUGAAUCAUUGCUGUCCAAGUUACGAGGAUUUAAACAUGUUCAAAUCUUCUUCGAAAGAAAUGUUUAUAUACUCGGAACGAUCAACGCCAACAUUGAAAGCUGUGAGAAUAAUAGACGAUGAACUGCACUCGUAUCAAGGCUCAACAUACAGUAUAAACACUAUUGGGACAUCUGGUGGGUUUAAAAUCGAAUCAGUUCUAGAAAAACCGGAUAUACAGGAAGAAGUUGAAGAGGAAAUUCGAAACUCGAAUGAAAAGGACUCGAAAACAGAUAACCCGCAAUCAGAUGAAACAUUGGAAGAAAGUACGACAGAAACAAACAAGUCCUUGACAGAAAAUAGCGAUACAAAAAAUACAGAUCACUGUGAUUCAGUAAAUAAGACAGAAUGUCCCGAAAUAAAUUUUUGUAACUUAAACCAACAAAAUAUCUCUUGUUCAAAUGAGCAUGAUAAAAUAGAUGUACAGACCAAAGAAGAAAAUACGAUUAAUGCAGUUACAGAUGAAAACAGAUCGACAAAUAGUACCGAAGAAAAGUGAAACAUAGUGACAAUACUUUUUUACGUAAAAGUGGCUGUGUUAGAAAUUAAGAGUAUUUUAAAAUGUCCAUAUAUAUUUUUAUAAGAUCAAUUAGCCAAUAAUCGAAUAAGUUUGAGAACACUACCCAAGUAGCACUUUCAAGACUUGCGACCACAUGUUUACCAAACACAACGUUGGAUUAGUUACAAAAAAUAGUUAGCUCCGUACCUUAGGUAUUAAAAUAAAUAUAAACGUUGUUGUAACGUUGUGCCGACGUUGAACUAGU